AUGGCCGGCAUCCUGGCGUGGUUCUGGAACGAGCGCUUCUGGCUCCCCCACAACGUGACAUGGGCUGACUUGAAGAACACGGACGAGGCGACGUUCCCGCAAGCCGAGGACCUGUACCUGGCGUGUCCUUUAGCCUUCUGCAUCUUCAUGAUCCGGCUGGUUUUCGAAAGGUUUAUCGCGAGACCAUGUGCCAUGGGCCUAAAGAUCCAGGCCAACGGGCCGCAAAAGGCGCAACCCAACGCCAUCCUCGAGAAGGUUUUCACUGCAAUCACCAAGCACCCAGAUGAGAAGAGGCUGGAAGGCCUGUCCAAGCAGCUCGACUGGGACGUGCGGACCAUCCAACGCUGGUUCAGACAGCGGCGCAACCAGGAGAAGCCCAGCACCCUCGCUCGAUUCUGCGAAAGCAUGUGGAGAUUUACAUUCUACCUAUACAUAUUCACCUAUGGAGUGCGUUUCCUUAAAAAAACUCCGUGGUUAUGGAACACUAAAGAGUGCUGGUACAACUAUCCCUACCAGCCCCUGACUGUGGACAUCCAUUAUUAUUACAUACUGGAGCUGUCUUUCUACCUGUCCUUACUCUUUUCCCAAUUCACAGACAUCAGGAGGAAGGAUUUCCUGAUCAUGUUCCUGCACCAUGUGGCAACAAUAUCCCUCAUCACCUUUUCUUACGUGAACAACAUGGCACGAGUGGGAACCCUGGUCAUGUGUCUCCACGAUGCAGCCGACGUGCUGAUAGAGGCUGCCAAGAUGGCCAACUACGCCAAAUGUCAGAUUCUGUGCAACCUCCUGUUUGCAAUGUUUGCAGUUCUCUUCAUAAGCUCCAGACUGGGGGUUUACCCUGUUUGGAUUUUAAAUACGACCUUGUUUGAGAGUUGGGAGAUUGUAGGGCCCUACCCGUCCUGGUGGGUCUUCAACCUGCUCCUGAUCCUGCUGCAGCUCCUCCACUCCUUCUGGUCCUACCUCAUAGUGAAGACAGUGUGCCGAGCCAUAUCCAAAGGAAAGGUGGGGAAAUGGAAUCCCUUACAUGUGUCUAAAGAUGACCGCAGCGACAUCGAGUCCAGCUCUGAUGAGGAUGACAGCCCUGCGCCUAAUCAGAAGCACCACAACAACGGCACCAAUGGGACCAAUAAAAAUCAUGGGACCAACGGCUACCUGACGGGAGCCCCGUAUCCCGACGAACACUGACUAAGCUGAUAUCACUACACCGGAGCCGUGCUACAGACUCCAUCCAUCAAUCUGUGUGUGUGCGCGUGUGUGUGUGUGUAUACGAGAGUAUGGUGGACACAUGAACAACAUCGCCUGUCUGGUACUGAAAGUUCUUACAAGAAUUAAGCAAAUGCAAUUUUUGUUAUCAGUUCGAUUCUUUACUCAUUUCCUUGCGCAAUUUUUUUAUCCUUGUAAUCUUCAUCUAUAUAUUUGCAUCAAAAUGCACUCAGUGAGAAAUCAAAGCACUCCUAUCGGUACAACCCACUCUCUGUUUAGCCAAUGAAUGAAAGCAUUCCACUUUAUGGCGUAAGCAUGCUACUUUAACAUACAGUAGUCUGGCAUACUGGGGGGGUGUUUUUCCUUAUGUUUGUCUCUUUCUAUGUUAUUUAUUUUUCCUAAAUGUGUUUGCAGAUGGCAGUCGGACAUCUCUGUUCUACUUUGUUAAAGAUGAAAUUAUCUUGAACAAGGACACAGCUGAUUUUUUUUCUUCACGUCACAGAUUGCUGAGUAUUAGCGACAUGCUGAAGACCUGGGUUUAUGUUCAAUGCUACACCCCCAAAGAUUUGCCAGAAUGAUGACUGAGUUCAUCUUCACUCACGAAUGGAUUGUAAUGUGUGAAGUUUACUCACAUUUUUGGAAAAAAACAUUCUCCACUUAAACUGUAUAUGAGAUGUCAAUAACAGUAUUAUGUGUGUGCAUCAGACAUGGCUAGAUGCUGUAUUCCCCAUUGAAGCAUUUUGUUAAGUAUUCUGGUACAUUUCUGGUAAGCAUUUCAUUAAAGGCCAUUUGCUCUCCGAUGAGGCAGACUUGAGUUGUUUGAAUUAUUCAAUAAAAAAACAUGAAUACUGCA